AUGAAAACUGUUUGUGUUGUCUUGGCUUUAGCCGCCGUCGCUUUCGCUGCUCCACGGGAAAAGAGAUUCACCGUUGGAACAAUCUCUGUGUCUGCUCCAAUCUCUGGAGGAAACAUUGGAUGUGUUGUCACGGGAAAUACUUUGUACAUCAAUGGCUUGAAACAACGCGAGUUGAACUCUGAUGAGCAAAAAGAACUUGAAACCUAUCAAGGUGAAUUCACCAAGUACAAGGAUGAAUUGAAGACUUUGGUUGCCGAGAAGCAUAAGGCUCUCCAGGCUAGAAUCAGUGGAAAGAAGGGACCAGCUUCAGUCGAAUCUGUCUCCUCUUCUGCCUCUACCUCUGUUAAGCCAAAACCACCAACUCGUCCAUCUUUCUGCCAAGCUGAAGACACUACCCAAUACGUAUUCGAAGGAUGCUUAGUUCAAGCUAACAAAGUAUACGUCGGAAGAGAAUAUGCCCGUGACUUGACCGAAGCUGAAGUUGAGGAGCUCAAGCAGUAUGAUGAAAAACAAACUGCUUACAGCAAGCAAGUCCAAGAGCACGUCAAUAAGCAAGUGAAGGAAAUUCUCGGAACAUCCGACAUCUUCUCAGCUCUCUUAGGAGAAAUCGGAGGAGGAAAGAGCCAAGAUACUGAGCCUGAGACUACUACUCGUUCAUCUUCCGGAUCAACUGAAGUCUCACCACUUCUCUUGGAAGCCCCCGUAGCUCCCAACUUCUGUACCGCAAUUCUCUAA